UACAGGAAUUAUAUCCCUGUCCCUUGGCGCUCUCUCAUUUCUCAAAUCACGCAUACGGCAUACAUACACCUUAGAUUCGGCGAACCGGCGACACUAAAAUUGGUUAAUUUACACGAUUCGUUCGAACAAUUUUGUUUUGUUUUCACAGUGAUUACAUUUUGUUUGCGAUGGAAGAGUUGAUGAAACAUUUGUCGAAGAUAAGGAUACCGCAGAAAACCGACAAAAUAUACAAGGACGAGUGUGUUUAUUCUUUCGAUACUCCAGACACCCCUACUGGCUUGUAUAUUAAUCUUACCACGUUUCUGGGAUUAGGUCGGGAUCAUGUAAUGAAUUACUAUGACUCGACGCAAAAUCCGGUGUUCUUGCACGUUAAAAGAAAAAGGAAAGAGAUCCCUUCUAAGCAAGGAGAUGGGCCUGAGAAGAAGAUUACUAGAUUAGCGAUAGGAACGGCUGAUGGGUUUACGCCGGAUCAACAGAAAUACACUUACCACGAGACUUAUCAAAUUGUCAUGUUGCCAAAUUUUACAACGAUACCCUAUCCAACGGAUGAUUUACCCGAACAAGUGCAGCAGGCUGUUAAAUGUAUACUGGAGGCAGAAUCUGCGACGAAAGUGGCAGAAAUAGAGGCACUGGCUGGAACUUGGGACGGAGAAAUAAAAGUGGUUUCAAAACACGCUGCGAAUCUUAAACAGUUGGACAAUGGAAAGAAGAUACCUCCGAGUGGAUGGAAAUGCGAGAAAUGUGAUUUAACCCAAAAUCUUUGGCUGAAUUUGACCGAUGGCAGCGUGCUUUGCGGACGGAAAUUUUACGAUGGUACCGGCGGGAACGAUCACGCAGUCGAACACUACAGAGCCACUGGUUACCCUUUAGCAGUGAAGUUAGGAACUAUCACCGAAGAAGGAAAGGGAGAUGUAUUUUCUUACGAUGAGGAUGACAUGGUUGAGGAUCCGAAUCUGAUAGCGCACUUGGCUCACUGGGGCAUCAACAUCGCGCAAAUGGAGAAAACGGAGAAGUCCAUGAUCGAGCUUGAAUUGGACCUGAAUCAGAAGUUCGGCGAAUGGGUCGCGCUCCAGGAGUCGGCGAGUAGACUGACACCGUUGUACGGGCCUGGAUAUACUGGACUCACGAACUUGGGCAAUUCUUGUUAUUUAAACAGCGUGAUGCAAAUGUUGUUCGUGAUACCGGACUUCGUUAAGAGAUACGUAGAUAACGCGCCGGAGAUAUUUCGGCAGAAUUACAAUGACCCAGCCAACGAAUUUAACGUCCAAAUGGCUAAAUUUGGAAUCGGUCUGCUCUCUGGUAAAUACUCGGUACCGCCGGAAGAUGAGAACGAGCCGCGCCAAGGUAUCCCUCCGCGGAUGUUCAAGACUUUGGUCGGACGCGGACAUCCCGGAUUUUCUUCAAACCGGCAGCAAGACGCGCAAGAGUUCUUUCUUCAAAUCAUAAACAUCAUAGACGAAGUCGGGCAACGUCAGAGACCCAGGCAGCCGAAUCCCACCGAUUGCUUCAAGUUCAAAGUCGAGGAAAGGUAUCGGUGCGGUCGUUCUAACAAAGUAAAAUACACUUACCGCCCAGAAUACUUGUUACCGCUUCCGAUACCCGUAGAGGCUGCCGUAAACAAGGAGGAGGUCGCAGCCUACGAGGCGUUGAAGAGCGAGACCGAAGCAAAGGGUCAAAAGUUGGAUUCGAACACUCUCGUCAGACCUCGGAUAAAGCUCUCGUCUUGCUUAGAAGCAUUUAUACAGCCAGAAACCGUGGAACAAUUCUACAGUUCCGCUUUAAAUGAAAAAACUACGGCACAGAAAACGACUAGAUUUGCCAAUUUCCCGGAUUAUCUGUUGAUUCAUUUGAAAAAAUUCAUGAUGAAAGAAGACUGGACGCCGGCUAAGUUGGACGUGGCCGUCGAGAUGCCGGACUUACUCGAUCUGAGUUCCCUCCGUGGUCAUGGACUGCAACCCGGUGAAGAGUUGUUGCCAGAAACAGCUGGUGCCGAGUUGCCGCCGUUCAUUUACGAUUCCGACGUACUGAACCAAUUGACAGACAUAGGAUUUCCACCGGAGGCUUGCAAAAGGGCUCUGUACUUCACGGAGAAUCGUGGUUUGGACGCAGCUACGAACUGGUUGAUGGAGCACAUCGCGGAUUCGGAUUUCGCGGAUCCCUUCGUACCACCCGGGAUCAAUGCCAAACCAAAAAAGAGUAAAUUUACGAUAAACGAAGACGCGUUGGCUAUGGUGAUGGGCAUGGGUUUCACGAGGGAGCAGGCAACGAAAGCUCUGAGAGCGACGGACAACAACUUGGAACGCGCGGCGGAUUGGAUCUUCAGUCAUCAAGCGGAGCUGGACGCUGUGGAAAUCGAGGAAACCGACGAAGACGAAUCUUUUCGAGACGGAUCUCCUCAAUACAAGUUGGUAGGAUUCAUAUCGCAUAUGGGCACGUCGACGAUGGUAGGACAUUACGUGUGCCAUCUUCUAAGAGAUGAUCGAUGGGUGAUAUACAAUGACGAGAAAGUCGCAUUGUCCGAAAAUCCACCGAAAGAAUUAGGAUACAUAUAUCUAUAUCAACGCAUCGAUUAGACGAUCCGAUUAUUUUGUAUAAAAAUUGUAUUCUACUACGUUCGAACAAUAAAAAAUGUAACAGGUAAGAAUAAUUUUUAUUCAU